GGGAUAUGGCUAAUUUCAGGGCAGCGCUUUUAGGAAGAAAUGGACAUUUUUAAGCUUUCCAUGUGUCCGUGCUCUCCACUUCUGAUUCUUUAUCUGUAACUUAGAAAUGAUUUUGUGAAACUUUUCUAGCAGGUUUAUAAAGAGUGGCUUCUGACAAUGAUAAGCUCUAAACUCUGAAUGCAAACUGAAUUUACCAGAUUAAGUUAUGAACAACAUAAUGCUAGCACUGAAGUAAAUUAGUGACAAUGCUUACAAGUGUUCUUUUAAAAAUUUACCAUUUGUGUUAUGACACCCUAAGUCACCUAGAUUAAUUGUAUGUCUGUUAGUGACUCUUUGGGAGAGUGCUAAGGUUAAUGCCACAUCUCCUAACAUUAAUUUGUUUUAGGGUAAAUGCCAAAAAGCAGUAAUUUUUGGUAUGAGAAAGCGUAAUGUUCUUGAAAAAAAAUGGUUGCUAAUAUAUCAUAACUUAAUGUACGGUGAAAUGAAUCCAGGUCCCCAAGGUAUUACCCAUACGUCACACCAGGCUGGGAGUGUUCCUUUGUCUUCUCUUCCUUAUCAAAAAACCUCUACAAAGCUACAAGCAGCUGGACAUUUCAUAGGUAGAGAAUGCACUGAGGUGACUAGAAGGGCACAUUUCCAAGUACUAUUGCGGCAAUGAUAGAAGAUGCUAAGUAAAAGACUCUGGGUCUAGACAAACUUUCAUUUGAUUUCUGACUUGAAUACUGACUAGCUUUGAUACCUGGAGAAAAUAACAUUAUUAAUGGAUCUGACGUUUUCUUAUCUACUUAAUGGGAAUCAUAUUAUCUUGUGAUUCUUGUUACGUAAGUCUAUAAAACACAACUUGAUGCCUGCUGAUGUCUUCUUACUCUGGAUCUCUAAGCUUCUUUGUGGAAUUAAGAAAUAAAUGCUUCUCAGACCACUCCAUGGAAUUUGAUUUCUGGGAUCUUAGGAGUAACGUGCCUUAUUUUGAUGGCUAUUAUGGGAAUUUUGUUGAAAAAUUUAUAUCCUAAACAAAGUAUUCAGCCAACAUUGUCUCUAGAUGCAAUCAGCGAAGUCCAGAAAGGCUCUAACUGUUGUUCUUGUCCAAAAGGCUGGAUUGGGUACCAGUGCAACUGCUACUUCUUUUCUGGUAAAUUUAAAAAUUGGACAGAAAGUAAUAGUUUCUGUGCUUCUCAGAAUUCCAGUCUACUUCAGUUUCAAAAUGAAAAUGAAUUGCAUUUUAUGAGCUCCAGUACAUAUUUUUACUGGAUUGGACUCUCUUACCAUAAAGACAAAAAGGCCUGGUUGUGGGAAGAUGGCUCCCCUGUCUCCCAAGAUCUAUUGCCAUUACUUCAAAAAUUAAAUACAGAGAAAUGCACAAAGUAUAGCUCAAGCCAAGGUAUUUUGGACGAACGCUGUGAUGAUGAAAGUCGUUUUAUAUGUAUAAAAAGAGCUUAUUUAUAAAUGUGUUUCUUGGAGUGGGAGGGGUGGGCAGUGAAGAUUCAGUAGUACUAAGAGCAUGACUUUACCUCUUAUAUUAUUGCUAAUUAUCUACUUCUGGGAUCUGUAAAAUGUUUCAAAUCAUGUCUUAUGAUACAAUUUUCAUACAUUUGAAAUGAUGUGCUUCAAAAUUAGUGAAAUUUGGGGCACCUGGGUGGCUCAGUCGGUUAAACGGCUGCCCUCAGCUCAGGUUAUAAUCCCAGGGUCCUGGGAUUGAGCCAGGCAUCAGGAUCCCUGCUCGACGG